AUGGCGCACACCACCUUUCCCUCCGACCUGCCCGUUCCCCCAGAUGAUGGCGCCUGCGCGCAUCUGCCCGGGUCGCAACUGCCCUCGAUUCUGCUUCCUGCCACUUCGGGCGAGCGAGUUGAUCUAUCAACACUGAGGGGCCUCACGAUCCUAUUCUGCUACCCGCGCACCGGUGCUCCGAACGAAACUACACCCGCUGAAUGGAACGCGAUACCCGGCGCGCGCGGCUGCACUCCACAAUCUUGCGGUUUCCGGGAUGAGAUGGCAAAGCUACGCCAGCUGGGUGUCGCCCAUCUCUUUGGCCUGUCCACACAAGACACGCCGUAUCAGCAGGAGGCUAAGGAGCGGCUACAUCUACCAUACGAUCUGCUAUCGGACGAGAAGCUGGAGUUUACCAAGGCUCUCAAGCUGCCAACGUUUGACUGGAAGAGCAGUAGUCUCGUGAAGAGACUCGCGCUGGCCGUCGUGGACGGCAAGAUAACCAGGGUUUGGUAUCCUGUCUUUCCGCCGGACAGGAAUGCGGAAGACGUUGUAGCGUGGCUGGAGUCGAGAUAG